AGAUUGAGAAAAAUGAAAAAUCGUCCACAAUUCCAUACCAAAUCCAUUAACUGAAGAAUCAGAAAACCACUGCCCCGUCGGAGAGAGAUCGUAAACCUGAGGGAAAUGGGGAGAGAAGUGUCGGAGAGUUGCAUCGACAGCUUACUCACCGAGAUGGUGUCGUCGUACUGCAACCAUUUCUACGCCAACAAGCCUGAGCUCGCCGCCCGCCGGAUCGAGGCCAUCGGUUAUCAAGUCGGUCACCAGCUCUCCGAGCGGUAUACGAUGGAGAGACCUCGGUUUAGCGAUCAUCUAGAGGCAAUAAAGUUCAUUUGCAAGGACUUUUGGUCUGAGCUUUUCAAGAAGCAGAUCGAUAACUUGAAGACGAACCAUAGAGGAACGUUUGUGUUGCAAGACAAUCGGUUUCGUUGGCUUGCGAGGAUGUCACUGGAUCCGACGGCUGAUGAUGCAGUUCCUCAGGAUCCUGCUGAUUUUGCAGAAAGCAAGGCUGCUCAAGCGAUGAGCAUGUAUCUCUAUUUCCCUUGCGGAAUCAUUAGAGGGGCUCUUUCGAAUCUCGGGAUCCCUUGUGCAGUUUCUGCUGAUAUAUCUAACCUUCCAGCUUGUUCAUUCGUGGUUCGCAUAAAAGCCUGAAGACUCGAGCAGAAGAUCAUGUGGACAGAGUUUAAGCGGUCGUAUGCAAGCUCCUGUAUCGAAGACUUGAUCUGGGAAUUCUUCUGAAUGCCUGAUGGAGAAACUGUUCAAAGGUCAGCUGUAGUCAUUUUCACGGAAGAUUGCAUAGAUGAAUCAGAAACCGCUAUUGCGGAUCCUAUCAUAAAUACCUUAUGUUUCCAAGCCACCUUAUGAAUGAAAGGGACAUUGUUCUUCCUGACUGUUGAUGUGGGCGUGGGAUUGCAAUAGUUGUACUGGUCGGGAUCUGUAUUCAACAGAAUUGUGUAACAUUGAAAGAUCUCCGAAAUCCUAUCCGUAUCUGUUUGUUGGCUCCC